AUGCUAUUGAGUGGGUCUCAUUCUGUAUUUCGUCAACAUUAUUUUCGUGAGAAAGACUGGGGAAAUCAGCAGAACCACCAAUCGGAGAAUAUAUCCUAUUCUAGGACCUGUGUGAACGUGCUUUAUCGGGUGAAAACCAAUUUACUUGUUUUAUUUCUAUUUGUGAAAAUUCAUAUAGUUCCGGAGCAAACCAAUCUACUCGUAUUACUAGGUCAUUUUACUGACAAUGUCACAGAAUGUUGUUGCUGGUUCAUACAUCAUCUACAACGUUGGAAACGUUGA